AUUUUCGGUACUCAUCCAAUCGCGUACGAUUACAAGACAAGUUACCAAUCAAAUUCUUUAUUUAGCUGUUUAGUGAUAGCAAUUUAAAAAAUUUAUAUAUAUUUCCAAUCGUAAAUGCAUUAUCAAAGGGUUGGCGUGUGUUAGACAAUUUGCGAUAUGCAUUUAGGAGGUGUUUUAUAUGUUUAUAAAGGAGAGUGGGGUCUGCCGUCCAUUGACUUUGAUUGCCUACGUGCUCUGUGUUUAGUUAAAUUCACACGAUGCCCGCUGCAAAUCGAAACAAAUGCUAAUCCCAUACGCUCUAGCACGGGUAAAUUACCGUACUUACAGAUUGGAAACAAAAGGUUCUGUGGCUACAGAGAAAUCAAGAAGCUUUUGGAUAAAGAGGGCUACCCGAUAGAUGCCAAUCUGCAAGAAAACCACAAGUUGCUUUCACCCGCUUAUGCCAAUUGGGUUUUCACCAACCUUCAUUCAUACUACUAUUAUUUUAUGUUCGGUGAACCCAACAACUUUGAUACUACGCGCAGUCUGUAUGCAAAAAGAACAAUGUUUCCUUUCAAUUUCUUUUACCCAAGCAGUUAUCAGAGGGAGGCCUGUGAUAUUGUUAUGGUGAUGGGUGGUUUUGACCCGCGCGAUAAGCUGGAAAAUCAUGAUGGGGACUAUCUCAUCACAAAUGCGAAAAAGUGUGUCAAUCUGCUUUCAAAAAAAUUAGGAAAGAAAGUAUGGUUUUUCGGUGAUGUCUUUAGUGAAUUCGAUGCUAUCGUUUAUUCGUACUUAUCGGUACUUUUUAAAGCCACACUGCCCAAUAAUCCACUACAAAAUCACAUAAAAGGGUGUCAAAAUUUAGUGAAUUUUAUUAAUCGCAUAACAAAAGACAUUUUCAAAAAUGAAGGAUUCAAUUCACUGAAAGCCUUUAAAAGUCAAUCAUCCAAUGAUCCCCUACUAACAGCAACAGAACGGCAUUUCUUGGAGUCCGAAAAGAAAACCAAGGUCUUGGCAGCAAUUGGUGCAGUCGUGGCUAUGGGUACUUUUGCCGCUUGGCGUGGCGUUUAUAAGCAGUUUUCGAAUUCCCGGCGUUAUUACGAUGGCUUAGAAUAUGAGGAUGAUGAAGCAUUGGAAGACGAUGAAAUGGAUUAAUAAUGAAGUUAUUAGAAAAAAAUUGCCUUCCAAAAAGCAAAUAUGCGUGCACCUACCAAAUUUCUAUGAUAAAGUAUGUUCAGUAAGAUUUCUCCAGCUCAUUCUACCGAAAACAUUUAACUACCGCCAACUGUUAUACAAUAUAGUCUUUUUAAGUUUUAGUUUAAUAAAAGAAUAGGAAGAUGUA